GCCGUGUUUCUACACCCCCACCCUUUCACUCUCAUUCUUUUUGAGGAUCUUUCAUUGUCAAGCCGCCAAAGUGGAGAGUGUGAUUGCAGAGGGGGGUGCUUCUCGUUUCAGCGAGUUCCUGGGGAAAACCCCAGGACCUAACGUUCAGAGAUGGGUUCCUUCACGAAGCACUAGACGAGAUGUCAACUCCAACGAAAAAGAACGACACGAUGCAAUCUUCAGGAAAGUGAGAGGCAUACUUAAUAAACUGACCCCUGAAAAGUUUGACAAGCUAUGCCUUGAGCUCCUGAAUGUGGGCGUAGAUUCAAAGCUCAUCCUCAAAGGAAUCAUCUUGCUGAUUGUAGACAAAGCCCUUGAAGAGCCGAAGUAUAGCUCGCUAUAUGCUCAGCUAUGUCUGCGUCUGGCAGAGGAUGCUCCAAACUUUGAUGGCCCAUCAACAGAGAUCCAAUCAUCACAAAAGCAGAGCACUACAUUCAGGAGACUUCUGAUAUCCAAACUUCAAGAUGAAUUUGAAAACCGUGCCAGAAAUGUUGACAUCUAUGAUAAAAAUGACAGCCCUCUCACCUCUGAGGAGGAAGAGCAGCGUGCCAUUGCCAAGAUCAAAAUGCUGGGCAACAUCAAAUUCAUUGGAGAACUUGGCAAACUCGAUCUCAUUCACGAGUCCAUCCUUCAUAAAUGCAUCAAAACACUUCUGGAAAAGAAGAAAAGAGUCCAACUUAAGGAUAUGGGGGAGGAUUUGGAGUGCCUCUGUCAGAUAAUGAGAACUGUGGGGCCAAGACUAGAUCAUGAGAAAGCCAAGUCUUUAAUGGAUCAGUACUUCGGCCGUAUGCGAUCCUUAAUGAACAACAAGGACUUGCCUGCUAGGAUUCGUUUCCUGCUUCAGGAUACCGUGGAGUUGCGAGAGAACAACUGGGUGCCUCGGAAAGCUUUUAUUGAUAAUGGACCUAAGACUAUCAACCAGAUCCGUCAGGAUGCAGUAAAGGAUUUGGGUGUUUUUAUUCCACAGAUGACUCAAGGAAUAAGGACUGACUUCUUUCAAGAAAGUUCUUUCUUGCCGACGAGAAUGAAACCUGAUCGAGAAACUCUUGGGGGAUUAGCGGAUAUGUUUGGGCAGAUGCCAGGCAGUGGGAUUGGUACUGGCCCUGGGGUCAUUCAGGACAGGUAUUCCCCCACCAUGGGCCGUCGCACAAACCCUCUUUUCAACGGUCACGGUGGCCACAUGGCCCCUGCACCCCAGCCUUUCAUGAAAUCCAACCAGGGGCAGAAUCUGCUUUUCCAGAGCCAGACUCAUUCAUCUCAACAGCAAGCUCAGUCCAAGGAUAUGCCGCCACGUUUUAAGAAAGGACAGCUGAAUGCUGAUGAGAUCAGCUUGAGACCUGCUCAGUCAUUCAUUCUGAACAAAAACCAAAUGCCAAAGUUGCAGCCGCAGAUACCUACCAUGAUUCCUCCUAGUGCUCAACCUCCACGCACAUCCACACCUCCGCUGGGACAGCCACCGCAACUUGGCCUGAAAACCAACCCACCUCCAAUUCAGGAGAAGCCACAGAAGACGACUAAGAAGCCACCUCCUGCUAAGGAGGAACUGCUUAAGAUGACUGAGAAUGUUGUGACCUCUUUCUUGAGCAGCAAAAACAUGAACGAUGCAGUGAAUGGGGUGCGAGAGAUGAAAGCUCCCAAACACUUCCUGCCUGAGAUGUUGAGUAAGAUGAUCAUCUGCUCACUGGAGAGCCCAGAUGAGGACCGAGAGCAUGUCAGCACCCUGAUCAACACACUCCGGAUGGAGGGACUGGUCACGGGGGAGAAUUUUAUGAAGGCUUUCCUCAGUGUUCUGGACCAGUGUCCCAAGAUCGAGUUGGAUGUUCCCUUGGUGAAGUCUUACCUGGCUCAAUUUGCUGCCCGGGCGAUCAUUGCUGAGCUUGUGAGCAUGGCAGAGUUGGCCCACCCACUGGAGAACGGCACCCACUUUCCUCUUUUCCUCCUCUGCUUGCAGCAAAUGUCCAAAAUGAAAGAUCGAGAGUGGUUAACCGACCUGUUCCAGCAGAGCAAGGUCAACAUGCAGAAGAUGCUGCCAGAAAUAGAUCAAAACAAAGAUCGUAUGUUGGAGAUUCUGGAGGGGAAAGGCCUGAGCUUCUUAUUCCCUCUGAUGAAGCUGGAAAAGGAGCUGCUGAAACAAAUUAAGGCAGAUCCUGCCCCGCAAACCAUCUACAAGUGGAUCAAGGACAACAUUUCUCUAAAAUUGCACACUGAUAAGGGUUUCGUUAACAUUCUGAUGACCAGCUUUUUGCAGUUCAUUUUCCACGAGAUGUUCUUCACUGAAGGAGACGACCAAUUAUCUGCACCUACGAAAGAGCAGCUCGACCAGGAAAAGCAGCUGCUACUUGCCUUCAAACCGGUGAUGCAAAAAUUCCUGCAUGAUCACAUGGACCUGCAAGUCAGUGCACUCUAUGCGCUACAAAUCCACUGCAACGCCCAUGCUUUUCCCAAAGGAAUGUUACUGCGCUACUUUGUCUACUUCUAUGAUAUGGAGAUAAUAGAAGAAGAGGCCUUCCUAGCGUGGAAAGAAGAUAUUACACAGGAGUUUCCAGGGAAAGGAAAAGCAUUGUUCCAGGUGAACCAGUGGCUUACCUGGCUGGAGACGGCAGAAGAGGAAGAGUCUGAGGAGGAAGCUGACUAAAGAACCAGCCAAAGCCUUGACGUACUCCCCUCCGUCAUCUCUCCCGUUUCGUUUCACCAUCUCUCCUUUCACCUGUAUUAACCGCCGCACUCCACUCCGUGCUGCUGUUUUUUGCAGUGUCAAGCCAACGUAUUAUUCACGCUUCUCUUUGGCCUCAUUGUUUAAAGCAUGCAAUGACUAGCAUCUGUUCAGAACCACCACAGAUAAAUGGUAUUAGCAGCUUGAAACUGCAUCUUUUUUUUUUAUAUAUAUAUAU